AUGCAACGGCAACGGCAACAGCAGCAGAAAAAACUAAAGGGACUGAAGAAUAUUGAGCUGAGGCAUCGGCACGGCUUGUAUCAUGAAGUUUCAUACAAUAAUGGAACUUGUGUGAUCCACUGUAAUUGGAUACGAUUUCUUAAGAUUGCGGGCACGUUUGACCGUAAUGUAAAUCUUAUUUGCUCGAUGGUUAAAGGGGAUCCAUUGUAUGAAGUUAUUAAGCCAGUUAAAAUUAAUCAGGAAUUAGUGGUUUAUUACAUACCAGAACGCCGGGAAGAUAAUCUAUUUUCGACUGUACGUUCGACGCUUUAUAGGAAAGCUAUGGACGCCAUUCUACAAGACAGUCCUCUUGAUUUGUCUUUAGCAUUAAUGUAUAAAAUACCAAAUUUGCCACUAUCUCCGCCGAUUAGUGAAGAUGAACAAAAGUCUGUGCUGAGCGAUUCUUCUGGAUCCUUAUUAUCACUGGUUGACAGUACAACUGACAACUCAACCACAUCAUCAACAUCGAUGGACGAAAUAAAGGACUUUACUGCAAUCUCUCCUAAAAGAAAAAUCAAUAUUGAAAGUUACAAAUAUGGAGGAUCUAGAAAACGUAUGGGAAAAAAUGAACGACCUUUGCUACCUUGUGAAGUCUGCAGAAAAGCCUUCGACCGGCCAAGUCUACUUAAAAGACAUAUGAGAACUCAUACGGGUGAAAAGCCACAUAUUUGUAUGGUUUGCGGAAAAGGAUUUAGUACUUCCAGCUCUUUGAAUACUCAUAGGAGAAUUCACUCCGGGGAAAAACCGCACGAAUGUCCAGUGUGUGGAAAAAAGUUUACCGCCAGCAGCAAUUUAUAUUACCAUAGGAUGACACAUAUUAAGGAAAAACCGCACAAGUGUAAUUUAUGCGCAAAGUCAUUUCCAACUCCUGGUGACCUAAAGUCCCACAAGUACGUUCACAGUGGAUCAUGGCCGUUCAAAUGCUCAAUAUGUUUCCGCGGUUUCUCAAAGCAGACAAAUCUGAAGAAUCAUUUAUUUCUGCACAGUGGCGACAAGCCACACGGCUGUGAAUUAUGCAAAAAGAAAUUUGCCUUGGCCUGCAACCUGCGUGCACAUAUGAAGACCCACGAUGGUGAUCUACAGGAUGAAUGUGUUAGAUGUGAAAAGCCGCUUAUUGGAAAUAGCAUUAGUUUACAGCGGAAUAAAACAUGCGAAAAAUGUCUAGAUUUGGGCGAUUCAGAAAAUGAUGAAAAGAAAUUUGCAUUACCAGCGAAACAAAGUAUGGACACCGAAGAAGAAGCAGACUCUUCCAUUGGCGCAACAGAGUUUAGUGACAAAUAAAUUUUAAGCUUCUUUUGUUGGGAGCAUUUCGAACUAAAUGAAAAUUCAUUAUUAAUCCCAUAAAUUAAUAAUGUCACCAAAAACU